AUGCUCUUUCUCCUAAUUUUCCUCACAAUUCCCCGGAUUUCCGCAACAAUCAUCGAAAACAUUGCAAAUCCGCCGCACGGUUGUCCGAAUUACGGACUGUGCACUGAUGUGACCUACAGUUUGUAUAGCACUUUGGAUGACGUGCCAAUUUAUGAGUAUGAGUGUGCGGCGACGACGGAUUGUGUUUGUGUGAAUGGAACGACGAAUGGGACGAGCACUUGUGAUGUUGGUGGGUUUUUGGGGGGGGGCUCAAAAUUGGGCCGGGCUUGUAGGCCUGGUUCGGGGCUUCAAAAUGAGCCUUAACUCGACUAGACUCUCCCGGGCCUUAGGCCAAGCUAGCCCCAAAUUUUCGGCCCUGUACUUUUUCACAUUCAAAAUUUUAGGAAAACUGGUUGCUAGGCAAGCCUUAAUCCACGUGGCAACCAACUAUGGGUUCUUUUUGAGGCCUGAGUCUAGCCUAGCCUUAAUCAGGCCUUGAACCUAGCUCAAAUAGGCCCAGAAGCCUGAAUAUAGGCUGUAAGGUUAACUUGACUCUUCAGAAAGCCCUCUUAGGCCUAAAAAUGUCCAACCUAAAUGCCCAAACCUCAAUUAGGCUCAUUUGAAAACUUAAACGGCUUAAACAUGAGAAAAGCCCUGAAGCCCAAAAUAACCUCUAAGCCUAGAGCCUUGAGCCUAAAGCCCUACCUAGGUUCAUUUUGUAAGCUCUUUCACAGACCUCCUCCGGGCUUGUAGGUCUGGUUCAAGGCUCCCCCCUGUAGGCCUGGUUCUAGAUUUCCCCCUGUAGAAGGGGCUUCAAAAUGAGCCUAAACUUGAAUAGGUUGGGCCGGACUCUAGUCUAAGCUAGACGGCCCUGAGAACUUUUAGGAAUCAGGCUAAAUACAGGCUCCCCAGGCCCAAAACCCAAGCAAUUUUCCAGUCACCAACCUCUGCACCUCCACCACCUGCCCCAACUCCAACUACACCUGCUCCAUGACCGGCAUCAACGCCUACAACUGCUCGUGCUCCACCGGCUAUUCGGGCUCGAGUUGUGAAUUCGACUCCGCCUCCGCAUGCGCCGCGUCGCCCUGUCAAAACGGCGGAACGUGCGCGGAAUCCGCGUCCGCGUCGUCUUAUACCUGCACAUGUUCCAGCGGGUAUAGCGGGACGAAUUGUGAGAUCAAGAAUGCCUGUGCCAGUAUGUGGUGUGCAAAUGGUGCGACCUGCGUGGCACUCUUCAACCAGUCCACCGCAUUUUGUGAUUGUGCUGACACGUGGCAGGGUAUACAUUGCGAUCUGACUACGGUAACUAUCUCUACCCCGAGUUAUGAUAAGUGUUGGCACUUCGACAACACGUUGCUAACCGAUUACCCGCUGAAAUUCAGCGAUAGUCAAAUGACUGUGGAGAAAUGUCAAACCUACGCAAGAAGUUUCACACCACAGUACACCGUGCUCACACUCUGCGGCACCUGGUGCGCAGUCUCCAUGGAGGACACCGAUGUGUUCAACAACACGGCGUGGAAUAGCGAUGGCGGGUGUAGCGCGACAUGCGCGGGGAAUAGCUCGGAGAAGUGUGGGGCGUAUUGGAAUCGCGGAGUGACGUACGAUGUGGCGGCGGAUGUAAUAGAUCCGGAUGGGUGUACGAAUACAUCGAGAUGUAGUGCGAAUCUUAACCAGGGUGCCUGUAUCGAUGGGAGAUCGUCGAAACCGCCGGGAUACCUAUGCGCAUGUUCACCCUGGUUUAUUGGCACGGAUUGCGCGACGCCGAAAGCUUCCGCUUGCGAUUCCGCGCCUUGUGGAGAUUAUGGAACUUGUGUUUUGAACACGCAGAUGAAUACCUAUACCUGUAAUUGUACCGAUGGAUAUGUGGGCAAUCAGUGUCAAUGUGAGUUCUGCGUCUCUAACCUUCUCUAGCUGUCUAGCCUAUGUUUCUAGUUGGUCCUCUGCGUCUCUAACCUCCCCUAGCCGCCUAGCUUAUGUUUCUAACCUACCCAAGCUGUCCCUGAGUCCUCUGCGUCUCUAACAUUCUCUAGCUUCUGGUUUCAUUGGGAAAAUUCAAAUUUUCAGCUAAAAAAAUAGCAAGUGCGCUCUUUUGAACACUAGGUUUUCAGGAGGAAAAUUCAAAUUUUUAGCUAAAAAAUAGCAGGUGCGCUCUAUUGAACACUAGGUUUUCAACGGGGAAAAUUCAAAUUUUUAGCUUGAAAAAUAGCAAGUACGCUCUAUUGAACACUAGGUUUUCAAUGGGAAAAUUUAAAUUUUCAGCUAAAAAAUUGCAAGUACGCUCUAUUGAACAAGGGGAAAAUUCAAAUUUUUAGCUAAAAAAUAGCAGGUGCGCUCUAUUGAACACUAGGUUUUCAGGGGGAAAAUUCAAAUUUUUAGUUGAAAAUAGCAAAAACUACCCAAGCUGUCCCUGAGUUCCCUGCGUCUCUAACAUUCUCUAGCUGUCUGCCUUCUCAUGUGUAUAGGGCACUCUGACUGUCUAGCCUAAUGUUCCCUGCGUCUCUAACCUUCUCUAUCUGUCUCGCUUCUACUCUUGCUAGGAUAGUCUAGCUUUCUAGCCUAAAGUUCUCUGCGUCUCUAACCUUCUCUAGCCGCCUAGCUCAUCUGUGAUCUACUCAAGCUGUCUGAGUUCCCUGCGUCUCUAACCUACCGCAGCUGUCCCUGAGUUUUCUGCGUCUCUAACCUUCUCUAGCUGUCUGGGCUCUUCUCUUUCUAGGAUACUCUAGCUGUCUAUGUCUCUAACCUACCCAAGCUAUCCCUGAGUUCUCUGCGUCUCUAACCUCCUCUAGUUGUCUAGCUUAUCCUGGUUUUCAAGGGGGGAAAUUCAAAUUUUCAGUUGAAAAUGGCCUGAGUUCUCUGCGUCUCUAACCUUCUCUAGCUGUCUAGGCUCUUCUCUUUCUAGGAUACUCUAGCUGUCUGCCUUUUCCCCCUGUAAAGGAUACUCUAGCUGUCUAGCCUAGAGUUCCCUGCGUCUCUAACCCUCUCAAACUUUUUCCAGACGCCAACCCCUGCUCGCCCAACCCCUGCCUCCACGGCGGCACCUGCUCCACCAACUCCUCCGGAACCUUCACCUGCGCCUGCCUCGAAUUCUACUACGGCACCACCUGCGACACCGUCAACCGUUGCGUCUACAACAACCCCUGCGUCCACGGCAACUGCUCAACCGAUCCCGACCUGACUUCGCCCAACUACACGUGCACCUGCUCCUACGGUUGGAACAACACGAAUUGCGACACGGAGAUCAACUAUUGCGAUCCGGCGCCCUGUAAAUACAACAGUACGUGUAAUGCGUUCUUCGGCGGCUACAAUUGCACGUGUCUGGCGGGCCUGGAGGGCGAUAAUUGCGAGACAAUUAUCGAUCAGUGCAAGACGCAUACUGUGAACGGCGUGGGACCGUGUAAUACCAAGGAUAGCUUGGCGAAUUGUACGACCGGCAUUAAUUAUUUCAAUUGUUCGUGUAUUAUCAACGUCAAAAUGGCUGGCACCAAAACGAGAAAAUAAAUUCAAAAACCCCUUUUCGCGGGGAUACCGUACACACAAACACGCCCCUCUUUUCGCUGCGAGAUAUCGCUAUUUGUAAAAUCGGUGCGCCUUUAUUUUAAUCGAUUUUUUUUUGUUUUUCGCGCAAAACCGACGUUUUUCUCGAAGAACUAUAGUAUUUCUAGUCAUACAUCGAUGAUUUUUGACACAAACGACAUCUGGAGAUAGUUGGUGAGUCUUUUUUUGUAGAAUUUCCCAUGAAAAAUCAUGAUUUUCAGGAAUUCCGCCAAAAUCAACCGGAUUUGCGCAAAUUUCGAUGAAUCUUCGCCGAAUCCGUUCAAUAUGAUUGACAACAGCUUCAACUGGUCCAACUUCGUCACAAGGAGCAACUCUUCAUGAUCUUGGUGUGAAUUUUGAUUUGAAUUUUCAAGAAAAAAUGAAGAUUUUCAGAUUUACCGGCAACAAUUUUGGGAAUUUCGCCGCUAGUUCGCCCAAACUUUGCAUUUUCGUUAUUUGGCUGUUAA